GCGCAAAUUAUCUGGCAAAUAUCUAAGGCUUUUUCUUAUUCUUGAAGAUACAAAGCUGAUGUGAUAUGUCUUAAGAUUUCAAUAUUUAUCAACCAACUCCUUUUGCUUUCCCUCUUAUACAUAUGUAUAUAUAUACCUCCUCCUGACAUGUUCUCAUCCUCCAGUACCCAUCAGAAAAUAUUUCCUGCUCUCUAUUCAAUCAGUUGCACAAAACUUUUAGAUAUAUAAACAGCAUAAAGUUAGAAUAAUGAAUGUUCCUGAGAGAUUCACUUCAAGAACUAUGAAGAGUUUGCUUCAAGAUACCAUGCAUGGAAAUCAAUCAUCAAGACGAACAAUGUACGACUACGAUCAGAAAAAGAAAACACCCACCAUGAAAUCAUUACACGGACCUUCGAUCCAAGGCCACGAAUCUUCGAGAUUGGCACAAAGCAAAUUGGUAGUUAGCAAAAUGAGAAAACAGGGUGAAAGAUCCCACAGAUUUGCAAAUGGCAUUAAAGAACAUGUGAAGGGAAAGCUUAGUUUAGGAGCAAAAUUACUAAGACUAGGGAGUAUGGAGAAAGUGUGCAAGCAAGUUUUCAGUGUAAGAGAAGGCGAGCGAUUGUUGAAGGCUUCGCAUUGCUGCUUGUCAACUACAGCCGGUCCUAUAGUCGGCCUUCUCUUCAUCUCGACAGAGAAGCUAGCAUUUUGCAGCGACAGAUCGAUUGUGAAACUCUCUUCUCCUACAGGAGAGUUGCUUAGAUUUCGUUACAAGGUUGUUAUUCCAUUGAGAAAGAUUGAGAGAGCAAACCAAAGGGAGAACACAAAGAAAGCGUCUAAGAAAUACCUACAAUUAAAUACCACUGAUGAGUUCGAGUUUUGGUUCAUGGGAUUCCUUAACUACAAGAAAAUGUUUAAGUGCUUACAAGAGGCCAUUGAUCAAGCUCUGGAUUAUUAGCAUACAGAAGACUUAGAGCUCAUCAUGUCGGGUCGAAGUACAGGGCUGGGAUAGGGCGGGUCACAUUUUAAGUCCCCCCAAACCUGGUAAAAUGAGAUGGAAAUAGGAUCACGAUUGGCCUAAUGGCGGUGAGGCUCUCCUUACACUUCUAUUCUAUGACAGGGUUCGAUUCUCACCCCUUGUCCCCAAUCGCUUCCCUGGAAAAAGGACAGUGUAUUGAGUAAUUUAGCACAAUAUUGUGUAUGUGUAGUAUAAUCUUGUAUAGUUUAUUAUCAGCGUACCACACCCUAUGCUGCUUUAACACAUGCUAUGAUGAUAUAAUAGUUUUAUUUUUUUUGGCAGAGGAGUGAUAUAUAAAUAGCUUUCAAUGAA